GCAGUCGACCGCGCUAGAGUUCGCGUCGACUCUCGUCAAUCUCAAAGCGAACGAUUGAAGUUGUGAAAACAUUUAUCUAGUGCGACAUCGUAUUACUUACAAUUUGUGUUACUUUAUGUUAAUGUAUUACUUUAUUAACAUAAUUCUGUUAACGAUUUAAGUUAUCUUCUUCGAAACAACUCAAUUUUUCAAUAAUGUUUUUCGUGCCGAAAGCUUUUCAGUAAGAUUAGCGAAGUUUAAUAUUUUCAGUUUGUUUUAGUUAUUAUGAUAACUAUUCUUGCGGGAUUCGUGUCCCGGUUAUGAUAAAGCAAAAACAUUGACCGGGACUUGACUUUACUUAGGAAUACCAAAGAAAAUGUGUGCCAAAAUGUUAUAUAGUUCGCUGUUGCCUAUUGUAAUGUUAUGGAUUGGAGUGCUCGCCGAAGAGGAAGUUUCAUCUCCUUUGCGGGUAGCGCAAUGUAGAGCGACCUGUUUGCAAAAGUUCGCGGCGCCUCGACCCGGCGGGGAGUCAUCGUGUUUGCAAGGCCCCGACUGUUUUAUGUGUUGGGAGAAUUGUGAACUACUGCAGUCUAACUAUCAAGUAUGGGGUGCAGUUUGUGAUGAAAAAGACAUAUGUUUCCCAGGUUGUAAGGUAGCAUGUGAAUUCCACAUUGAAGCGGCCAGGGCAUCGCAGACGCAGCCUGUCAUUCACACCAAGGGAGAGGGUGUCAUGAGAGUUAGUGGCGCUCUCGCCCGCUGGCCCCCACCGGCACCACGAGCCUCUACAAAGCCCGCCCCACUCGUCUACGUGGUCAUGCGCCGAGCGGCAGAAGGUCCUUGGCGGCAAAUCAUACAGACCCAAGCCCUCGCUACCAGAGUACCGCCGAACAAUGAAGGCGCCCUCCUUCGAGUUCUCGUCGUAGACCCUCAAGGCCUAGUCACCAUCUACAGCCCCGACGAAACGUGGCUGGCUCGUGACACUAACUCUUCAAGCCACGACGAACAUAAAUGGAUUCUUAAAGAAAUUUCUCUCAUUCACCAAAAAGUUCUUGUGAUCGGUGAAAUCGCCUGGGAACCGAGGAUCGCGCGUGGCGUUUAUCUGGUAACGUGGGAAGUCGACGGCGGAGGCCUGAAAGGAAACCUUUUUACUGAUUCCACACGUGUUACUUUAUCGCUUUGGCCAGAUACAAUCUAUCACAUUCAAGUGGAACUGGUCUCUCGGACGCCUGGCGUAGAUAACGAAAAGUCAGAGACAAUGACCAUUGAUACGAGUCGAGCACAACGCGUUUCGACAGAGAGCGUACAAGAUGUUGAGGUUAGUGAAGGGGACCGUUUAAUGUCAGUAUUAGUAAGCUCCAUGAGAGGGGAGCGUGUACCCGAACGGGCCCCAGACUCUGAGUUAGUUCUUGGCUGUCUGUCAGCUAUGAUAGCGUUUGGUUUGGCCGCGCUUGCUGCUAUUGUAUGGAGAAGGAGACGGCGGGGCACAUUUCCCGGAACCAACGUAUAUGUAGGAUCAUCAUCGAUUCUGAAGCGAAAGCUAGUCGAAGAUUUUACUCCUGCGUCGCAUUGUUUCCAGCCCGUGCUCACACCAGCCAUCGCGUCUAACGAAAACUCUGUGAAUGACGUCAUCGUGUGACGUCACAGCUUCGAUAUGCUGUCUUUCGAUGACCGCGCUUUGAGUUCCUAAAUAUUAGAACAAAAUCGUGAAAAAAUACAAACGUUUCUUCGUAUUAAAGUGGACGAACAGUUUCUAUGUGAUACUGAGUGUGCAAAAGUAUGCGGGAAAGUAAAUAAAUAUUGUAUUUUGUGAGAUAAUUUCUUUUGUGAUUUAAUUUAAGUUAUAUUACUUUUGAUAGACACUUCUGCUCAUCGUUCGCUAUGAUUGCGUGACAUAUUAUCGGAUUGUUCGUAUGUAGUAUUAGGGAAAUUGUAAAUUGUACUUAUAAAAUAUAUUUAUGAUUCACAGUAAGGUAAACACCAGAAAAUUUAGUAAUGUAAAUAUGUUAAGAAUCGUUUAAUGAUAAGUGGUAUUUUUUUUCAAUUGAAAUUGAAUUACGUAUGCUGUAAAUAUUACAUAACUAGAUGUCAUUUGAAGUAUAUAACAAGCAACUUGUACAUAAUGCUUAAUGAUUUGAAUACUUUCAUUAGUGUGAAAUUUGAACCUUUCUCAACUUUUUUUUGUGACCUCUUCAAAGUGAAAUAUAUUAUCUACUAUAAAAUUGUGGUAAAUGAAAUUAAUAAUUAGAACUAUUUUUACAGCCUAGUCCUUAUUAACGUUUAGUUAAUAGUUAUUAGACAUACUUUAUUCAAAUUAUAUUAUAACAUUUAGUAAAUAUAUAAAAACUUUGAAUUUCUUCAGCAAUAAAAUAAUGUACGUAUCUGUAAAUAUUCGAAGCAUUUAUUGUAAAAAAAAACAGAGUAAUUAUAUUUUUCUCGGUCAACAUUAUAUCUAAAUGUUAUGGGUGGAAAUUAAUGGUAUUACUGUGUUAAGAAAAAAUAUAAGCUGAUAAAUAUCUUAAUUUCGUAUCAUGUAAUGAACAAAUGUAAUCAAUGUCUUAAAAUUGCAUCAUUAUUAUUGUAAUAUGCUGCAUUUAUAUUUCUUUAUAAUUUAGCUAAAAAUUCCUAAAAAAAAAUCUGCACGAAAGUGGAAACCAAAUUUUUCCCCAUCUAGAUGUUUUUU